GCCCAUCACACCGUUGCGCCUUCUCAAAUCUUCCUUGUACAACAAGCUGGUCACUGUAAAAGGAACAGUUAUUAGGGUGUCAGGAACUAGACCAGUUAAUUCCUGGCUAGCGUUUCAGUGCAAUGUUUGUCUAAGAGAGUUCUGUAUACAUCAGGCUGAGGGAAAAUACACCCAACCUCUACGCUGUGCGGAACAGGAAUGCAGGAAUCGAAAGAACUUUACACCGCUCCGCAGCAGUAAACUAACUGUAACUAUAGACAUGCAGCAGGUUCGUUUGCAGGAGGUUAGUCAGGAUGAAGUUGGUAGAGUUCCUCGAACUGUAGAGGUUGAACUAACACUGGAUACUUGUGACACCUGUAUGCCAGGUGACGUUGUUACAGUCUGUGGUGUUGUGAAGGUGGUUGCAGACGAGGCUAGUGCUCGAAACAGAGCUUCUGGAGCAAGUACAUCAGUUUAUCUACUCUAUUUAUCUGCCCUCUCCCUCUCCAGUAAUAGGAGUAGGGGAGCUAGAACCAGCAAAAUUGGGAUUGAUCUGACGUACACAGACUAUGCAGCUAUUCAAGAAAUUCACGGAUAUGGAGAUCAGAUCUUUAAACUUCUUGUCAACUCACUUUGUCCCUCCAUAUUCGGACAGAAUGUAGUCAAGGCUGCUCUACUCCUGGGAUUAUUUGGUGGAACUAAAAGAAAAACGACAGAAAACUUUGCAGUGAGAGGAGACCCACAUAUACUCAUAGUUGGUGAUCCUGGAAUGGGGAAAAGUCAGAUACUUAGUGCAGUUGCCGCUACUGCCCCCAGAGGAGUUUUCGUGACCGGGAAUACCUCAACUACAUCAGGGUUAACUGUUACGCUUAGCAAGGAGGCUGGUGGAGAGACUAGUCUGGAGGCUGGAGCUUUGGUUCUAGCAGAUCAAGGAUGUUGUUGUAUUGAUGAAUUUGAUAAAAUGACAAAUCAACAUCAGGCUCUGCUAGAAGCUAUGGAGCAGCAGUCCAUCAGUAUUGCCAAGGCAGGUAUGGUGUGUUCACUCCCAGCUAGAAGUGCGAUCCUAGCCGCAGCAAAUCCAGUUGGUGGACAUUAUAACAGGGCCAAGACAGUAUCUGAGAACCUGAAACUAAACCCUGCUCUUUUAUCAAGGUUUGAUCUUGUAUUUAUUCUGAUCGAUAAACCAGACUCAGUGAUAGAUUCCUUACUAUCAGGUUUAAUUGUGAGUGUAGAUGUUGAGAGUAAUGAUAAAUCCUUGAAAUACAGACUUCAACAUCAACCUGGAGAUAUAGCAGAGGACUUUCUACCUACCUCCAUUCUCAGGAAGUAUAUAGCGUACGCGAGAAAGUAUGUUUUCCCUAAGCUAACCCCUCCAGCCUGCGCUGUUCUUCAGGUGCGUUAA